AUGCCUUCAACGGAAAAUUUAAAAGCAUCGGUUUUCGACCCAAUUAUCGAUGAAGAGACCAAAGCCUGCAUUGUUAACUCGCUUUGGGGUCUAGAUUCAGGGUCAAGUCAUCACUGCGUUCCGAAAACAGCAAGCAACUAUGGAUCGUACUUCAACUACUAUAUGGAGCAAUGCGAUACCGCCGGCCAUGACAAUAGAAGAUACCUUUCUGUGAGAACUCACCAAGACGUUGUCGAUAUUGUUAACCAUAUCAAAACGAAUAUCAAUCGAGAUGACUUGAGCCAGGUUCUGAAAGCGAAAUGGCCUCAUCCAGAUCCACGCAGUGCUAGUGCACAAAUUGAUGGAUCUAUCGACCUUGCUGCUCGCUUGUUGCUGAUGAUCGAUGUAGGAGAUCUGAAGCAUGGGUUUCGCAGUGGGAAUCGGUUGAUAUGGGAUGGAGGCUCACUGAAGAGUCUGGUGCACUCACACUACAACACAGCUCAGAGUUUGCAUACCGAGCAUGUCAGACUCGAGAAAAUCUUCAAUGCUCGGAAUCUUGUUCGCAUCGGAGGCUUCAAAAUCGAGUGGACAAAUAACUUGGCGGAUCAUUUGCGAAUCUUGAACGAUGACGAGAAAAAAGUGGCAAUCUUCUCUAAUUUCUCUUUUCUGAAAGUCCAGGAAAAUAGUCCUAUGUUUCCCGAUGGGCUUAUCGACGAGACUCUAAGGACCCUAGCUUUAUUGCUUCCUCGCUCAGACGUCGAGACAAGAAAAUGGUAUCGUAAGGUUUCGAAUAAAUUCCUUCUCGAUCCUCAAGCCACUCAGUGCAACUCGUUGAGACUGAUGGACCGACACAUCGAUCGCUUCCACUUCUGGCGGGACCGAAUAGUUGUUUUGAAAGAAAUGUUCGAUGAAGCAGAACCCAGAACAUUGCUACAGUGGUGGUCCGAUAGAAGGAAUGUUGUUCAGUGGUAUACAUUCUGGGUUGCUGGUAUAGUGUUGGUAUUGACAUUUGUAUUCGGACUGAUUCAAUGUAUUGAGGGAGGUAUUCAGGUAUAUUUUGCAUUUCCGAAGAGUCCUGCCUGA